AUGGCCAUCCCUGUAGGUGGAUGUGCGAUCUGUAACAGUGGGUAUUAUCGAGAGGGUAUCAGCUGUACAUCAUGUGAAGAGUCAUGUGCACUUUGUGUGAACAGUAAUGAGUGUCUUGUAUGCAAAGACGGCUAUUUCAACAUCCCAAGUGAAAGCAAAUUGUGUCAAUCGAAUACAACGCUCACAAACUGUGAGCCGUCAUCAUUGUCUGGAUGUGAGAGGUGUGUGUCUAUUCGUUUCUUAUCAAAUCACAAGUGUUAUGAAUGUUCUCCAAAUUGCACAUCAUGUGAGAGUGAAAGUGUGUGUACCAUAUGUAACGAUUUGGAAAAUAUGUUGGUUGACUCGCAAUGCCUUCAUUUCACAAAAGUUGAAUUAUGUGUGUUAGCUAUAAAUUCGAAGUGUGUUAAGUGUGAGGGUCGACGAGAACCAACAGAUUCCGGUGACAGUUGCACAAAGUUGGUCAAUCUUGGUGUUGUGAUUGGCAUCCCAAUUACUGUUUUAAUACUUUUGGUAAUCUUCAUUUUACUCAACAAACGCCAAGUGAAAAAGAACAAAAUGUCUGUGUUUUUGAUAUUAAGAAAUCGAACAUAA